AUGGGUGGUAGCAGGAUCACUCUACUUAUCGAAAAAACUCUCUAUAACUCGGAUUUGAAUCCGCAACAAAACCGGCUUUCAAUACCAUCACAGCAGGUCAAGGACAAAGAUUUCUUGCUUCCCACGGAACUAGAAAUUCUAGAGGAGAAAAAGGGAAUAAAAGUGAAAUUGAUCCAACCUUCUCUCGAAAUGACCGAGUUGACUUUGAUUAAGUGGUUCAUGCACAAGGGACCAAAGUCAGAGAAAGUAAGCAUUUCCUAUAUUCUGAGAUCAAAUUGGGUCAAAGUUGCAAAGGCUAAUAAUCUAGGAGAGGAUGAUGUUGUUCAAGUUUGGUCAUUCCGAGUUGAAGAGAAAUUAUGCAUGGCAAUUGUCAAGCUUUGA